AUGGCAUCGACAUGCGGUGCCAGCCCUUCCUGGGCCGAGACGAUCGACGAGGUAGCAGCGUGGGCUACAAACGUGGAUGGCGGCGCCGAGAACCCGGGUUUUGCUCACCUCGGGGGCCUGCCUGCCACGCGCGAAAAGGCCUCUGUGCCGUUGCUUCUGUGGGAGCAAAUCACGCAACGCCUGCCCGGGACUCUGGUGGUUUACGCCGGCACGGAGCUCGACGCCAGCGUGGUGGCGGCGCAUCGAGACGAGCAGGGGCAUGGACGGCCGGCGGAUGGAGGAUAUCGCCUGGCGGUCGGAUGCUACACGACCAUUGGCCGCAUCGUGCGGCAACACAUCAACAGGGACUUUCACGACCAAUCGAGGCGGAUGGACGGGCCCAAGGACUGGCGUACGCUGUACGACGACGUGGUGUGUACCGAGCGCGUCGUCUUCGUCGUCGACGUCAACGAUACCGGUGUCUCGGCAAGCCUCGCAUUCUUGUUGUACGUCUUGACAAGCUGGUCGUACCGCACUCUGCCGCGCCCUACAGCGCCUCGAAGACUCAUCCGAGUCUUGACGACGGCGGCUGGACCUGAUAUAUUGAAGAGCACGGACGCCCUCAUUACUUUCGUGGGCAAAAUUGUUGGCUGCGAGGCCGAAAUGCGUUACUUCGACUUGCCGAAGUCUGCCGUGACCCAUAGCGACACCAGACUCCGUCGCGUCACAGCUCUGGAUGUGGACAAGGCAUUGGCAGGAGACGGGGCACUCGAAGACGGCCAUGCCACCAUCGACUUCUCGGACUCGGCAAGGAUCCGGGCCAUGUUCGGCGACGACCCGACGGCCAUCAUGCCAGAGUUUAGGACUCGGCGGCGACCCAUGGUGCAGCCGGCCGGUCGGGACGAGAUCGCGAGCUCCGACUUCCGACGACUGGAGGCGCACUUUGCGCGAGGAUCCAAGUCGCGGGCGCUCUAUCGCGUGUCGCCGACGUCGCCGCCCGUGCCUGGCAACCCGACAGGCUGGACGGCGUGCCACAUCGUGAUCCCGGACAAGGCGCGGCAGGUGGUCCUGGACCAUCGGGUUGGUUACCGUGUCGAGGUGGAGGCGUGGCUGACCCGGUUCGAGAGGGCGUACGCGGCUUCGUGGGCGAGGCAGGCGCAACUUUCCGGGCAGGCCGUUAUGGUCUAUCUGGUCACAGACGACGGCCGCGACGUGACCCUGGACAGGUUCAUCCGGGAUGGCGUGGAGGAGUGGUCGACGAGCAGUGUUGCGGGACUCGACGCACCCGGAUUCUUGGCGCUCAUGGCCUAUGUGUAUCCGUGGGUGACAUGUCCAUCCCAGGGGAUCCAAGUCCUCGUGCCACGGGAGACGGUCCAUGCGGCCGUGGCAAGGCUUGAGCGGCAGGGAGUCUUGGAGUGGAACAUGGCCGAACUCAAGCCGCCAAAGUGGCGCAUGAAUGGGGACUUGUUCAUCGACCAACUUGAGACGCUCGGCUGCGACACCGACCUGGCCGUGCUCGCUUGUCGGGGUGGCCCAAGUGGUCCUGCCGCGGGACUCCCGACGGCGCUCGCUGCUGUGCUGUCGGUGGGCAUGAGGCGCUUGGGCGACUUUGGACUCGCAGCCUCCGCGGUUCCUUCUGCGGACUGGCCGGCGAUGCUGCUGAGCAGAGUCGAGGAGGCGGCGUCGUCCACACAGCUGGGGCCGCUCGCCCUUUCCGGUACCCUGUGGCUGCACCUCGCGCUCGUGCAGGAGGCGAUGGCGAAGGCUAGGGUGCUGGACGGCCUGGUCGACCAGGAAGACCAAGAUGCAGAGACGCCCGUCUGGGUUGGGGACUCGGACCUGUCCGUGUCUCUACGCCUGUGUGCCGAGGUCGCCAACGUCAUCAAGGCAAUCCUCCGCGUCCGCUCCCACCACUCGAUGGCCCUCUUUGCCAAGUUUCCCUCCAUCGCCGUCACGGGGCCGGAGCGCCGGCACGUAUGGAAUACGCUCGCGCGCGUUUUCGCAGCGAACAUAGUCUUUGUGUUGUCUCUUGAGGGUGGGUCCCUGCUAGCAACCGACAUAGAGAAUGAUGUGGAGUGGGACUUUGCGGAUGAGGCGCGGGCGGCAUAUUCCUUGGAGCCGUCACCACCGGCCAAUGCGGCCGAAGCUCCUGUGUUCGGAAUUUGCCUGCGUCGCACGAUGGUCGGAGGGAGGCGUCUCGUCCACGACUGGACCCGCAUCCCGAGCGAUAUCGUGCAGGAGGUCCUUGGCCCGCACCUGCUGGAGGGCGACUCCAACUCGACACGGGCAGAUGGGCAAGGGGCGGGGGACGGCAUGGACGUGGACUAG